AAGUUUAGAUAGUUUGCUCUCUUCUCUUUGAAAUAAACAAAUAAAUAAAAUAAAAAUGAAAACAAAGUGAAGCCAAUAACCAUAACUUUCCCAAAGGAGAAAGAAACCAAUAAGAGAGCAAAAAUAUCUCAUUGGCUCACCUCUCGCAUCAUCAUCAACCAUAUUAACCCUAUAACCAAUGCCCUUUUUUUUAACAAAUAACCAAUGCCCUUUUGCUUUAUGGCGAAAGACAGAUAGAGAAAACAUACCCUCCCUAGCUAGCUAUUUAUAAACAGAUCAUACCUCUUAGUCUUACUUUUCUUUCAUUUCUCAUCUCCUAGUUCCUGAUUUCCCUAUAUCAGUCUUGGCUUAUACCAUUUGUUCCUCAACAACACUCUCACUCUUAUUUUUUUAUCAUCCCCUUGAUCUGUUCACGUUUCUAAUUCAUUCAGUAUCAACAUAAGCAUCAUUCUUUGUUAGUAAAAACUUACCUUUCUUGAUACAGUUUCUUAUGCCUUUUCAAGCUGCAUUUGUUCUUAUUAUGCCUUUACACGCCUAUUAGCUAUAGACUACACACUUCCUCAAGAUAAAAGUUCGCAUCUUUAUAAGCAAAGAUAACAAGAAGCAAAAACCCAAAUCAAAUCUUAGCCUUGUUCUCAGCUUUUCCAAAUCAUGAAUCGUGUAGGGCGAGUGAAAGAAGAGUAUGCAGGCGCUGGCUCAUCAUCUUACUCAUCAGGUUUAGCAGUACCUCAACCAGUGGUGGGACUCAAUGAUGCUGGUCCUCCUCCUUUUCUCACAAAAACCUAUGAUAUUGUUGAGGACAUAAGCACAAACCAUAUAGUUUCUUGGAGUAGAGGUAAUAAUAGCUUUGUUGUUUGGGAUCCACAGGCCUUUUCCCUGAGUCUUUUACCCAGAUACUUCAAGCACAACAACUUCUCCAGUUUUGUUAGGCAGCUUAACACUUAUGUAAGUAGUCUUUUUCUGUUUUUGGUUUUUGAUGACUUAUGGAUCUUCAACUUUCAACUUCUAGCGGAAACAAUCAAGGGGUUUAGAAAGGUUGAUCCAGACAGGUGGGAGUUUGCCAAUGAAGGGUUUCUCAGAGGGCAAAAGCAUCUUCUCAAGAAUAUUAGAAGGAGAAAAACUCCACAACCACAGAAUUCUCAGCAGUCUCUAGACCCUUGUGUUGAACUUGGAAGGUUCGGCUUAGAUGGAGAAAUUGAUCGAUUAAGGCGAGAUAAACAAAUUUUAAUGAUGGAAUUGGUGAAGCUUAGACAGCAACAACAGAAUACUAAAGCCUCUCUUCAACUAAUGGAACAUAGACUUAAAAGGACAGAAUCAAAACAGCAACAGAUGAUGAGUUUCUUGGCUAGAGCAAUGCAAAAUCCAAAUUUUGUGCAGCAACUAGUCCAACAGAAGGAUAAAAGGAAAAUACUUGAAGAUGUAAUAACUAAAAAGAGAAGACGGCCCAUCGGUCAAGUGCCUAGCAAUGAUCAAGUUGAUGAAGAAAUCGACCAAGGUAGGCUAGGAGUUGAACCUUUUGUUAAGAUUGAACCUGAGGAGUUUGGUAACCUUUCUGAGUUCGAAGUUUCAGACCUGGACACCCUAGCGAUGACCAUGCAAGAAGUGAGUGGAAGCCAACAUAACUUGGUGGAAGAAUGUAUAGAGAAAGGAUAUGAACACGCAGGCAAAGGUAAAGAUAUUGAUGAAGAGUUUUGGGAAGAUUUAUGGAAUGAUGAUACUGGGGAAGAAAUGGGCAUUUUGGGUGGACAAGCUGAAGAUGUAGAUGUGUUGGUAGAGCAGCUUGGUUACUUGGGUUAUAGUGAAAAUUAGACAAAGUUCUGCUGCUCUUUUUUUUUUUUUUUUUUGUACUUGCUCGCUUCAGUGUGAGUUGAAUCUAUUUAUAACUAGCUAUCUAACUGUCUGACUUUCUUUGUUUACUUGAUUUUUUCUUCCAGGCUGCCAAAAGCCGAGUGUAUUAGAUGUUUGGUUGUUUUGAUAUUGAUGGACUGGCAAUACACUGAAAGAUAAGUGCAGAAAAGCACAAAAAGUGUUCUUGGAAA